GUAUUUUCAAACCAGCAAAGAAUCUGCUUCUUGCAAAAGCAUAACAAAUAUAAUAUAAUAAUAUAAACACAAAACAAAUACACAAACAGUGUGGCAAAUGCAAAAUGUUGCGUAAUCGCCUGCUGCCACUGCCACUGACACUGCCCCUGCAACAAGCCGCACUCAGCUGGCAACGCAGCAAAUCAUCGACCGGCAGCGUGAACGCCACACGCCAAAGUAAAAUCCUUGGCAAACUCUUUGGCAGUCGCGUCUCGGGCACCAAAAAACGUUGGUAUCCCAGCCACGAUGCAAACAGCAGCGGUGGCACCUCCUCCCACGCCACGGGCUAUCAGCCGCCCAGCGUUGUGUUCCAGGCAUCGCAGUUUGGCAAGAGCAACAGCAGCGGCAGCAAGCAAAACACACGUCGCAUUGCCGUCCUGAACAAACUGUUUAUGACGCACAUCACCGAUCUCUUGGCCACGGGAGAGGCAGCCGAAAACAUUCUAGGACGUGGCCUGCAGGUGACACGCGUCAAGAUCACUGGCGACUUCAGUUGCGUCAACGUUUAUUGGAUGGGCAAUGAUGCCACACUGGAGACGGAGUUGCAACGAUGCAGCGGCCAGUUGCGGCAUGAAUUGUCGCAGCUGCGUCUGAUGGGCGAAGUGCCGCGUAUUAAAUUUGUACGUGAUCGCAGUGGCAGCAACAUCAAUCAAGUGGAGUGCAUCUUGCGGACGCUGAAUUUGCAACCCGUCGUGGAAGAGGACGAGACGGCAGCGCAGCAGCAAGUGGACAGUCCCCAUUACGAUGUGGCGCAGACGGCGCGUCAAGAGUUCUAUGGCCAAGCAGCAGCAACGACCACGACGACGCCAGAAAUGCGGCACGAUGUCCUUGGACUGGAUCAUCGUCUCAUCAUGGACAAGAUACUCGGCAAAAUGCGCAAAUCGAAGCAGGCUUGGGAGCAACAUCAGUCCACCACAGCUUCGUCAACGCCUCCGCCCACCUCCACCGAGCUGAUGCGUCAAAUUGCCGUGACGGAAACAGCAGCAUCGCAGCACAAGUUCGAGGCGUUUCUGGCCAAGAGACGUGAACGCAAACAGACGCCGGAGCGCAAGAAGCAUCAACGAGUGGAGGAGGAUUAUGCGCAGGCAGCGACAACGAUGUCUUUACAGGAUUACGAUGAGAGGACGAUGUACGAGCAGCAAGAGGAUUACAUUGUGGACGAGGACGACAAGAAGUCUUAGUCUCAGAAACAAUUCGUUUUGUUAACUGUUUGUUAAUUGUUAAUGCCUACGUUUAGUUUAGCUAAUAAUACAUAUCGAAAGUAUUCGAUAACUUGAGAGUUACGUAA